AUGAAUCUGCCGCCUGGGACGGAAGGCAUACGCCUUCGUAAACCGACAAGCACGGCCGAAACGCCGGCGACUGCGAGGAAAGCCAGGCAUACUGGAUUGCUGCAAGACCAACUUCGCAGGACGGCACGGGCUCCAUGGUGCCCUGGCCUAUCUACUGCUUUUCGUAUGCUUGUGCUCGUUCGAGUAUGCGCUGCGACUUGGUCAAAUAUUCAAGAUUGCGAUGAAGUUUUCAACUUUUGGGAACCAUUGCAUUACCUUGACCAAGGUCACGGAUUUCAGACGUGGGAGACAUCGCCCGCCUAUGCCGUGCGUAGCUGGGCCUAUAUUCUCUUACACUUGUUCCCGGCCAAGUUCCCCAUAUGGCUCGCUUCGUUUGACAAGCGACAUACAUUCUUCGGAUUACGCAUGAUCUUUGCAUUUGUUACCUCGUUUUGCGAGGCUAGACUAUUCACUACUGUCGCUGAACAUGUGAACGACCGUGUCGCAAGGUAUAUGUUAUUUAUCCUUAUGUUUAAUGCCGGAAUGUGGAACGCCUCGACUGCGUUCUUGCCUUCGACUUUUGCUAUGUAUGCCGUCACCGCUGCAGCCUCGUUUGCAUUUGCUCCUCCAUCUUCAUCCCGAGUACAGAGGACGUUUGCAGCCACGCUGCUUUUUGCUACUGGCGCAAUUGUUGGGUGGCCGUUCUCCUUGCUUUUGGCCGUGCCAUUUGUGAUUGAGGAGCUUACUGUAUACGGUGGUGACAUUGUCCCCGAGUCUUCUCUCCCCAAAUGGAUUGAAAAUAGGUGGAAAUAUUUGUUCGGAAGUGGCGCAGUGGCCGCUAGCAUUUUUAUCCCAGUGGCUCUGAUUGACACAUACGCAUAUGGUCAAUUCACCCUCACCCCUUGGAACAUUAUCCGUUAUAAUAUUUUCGGAAGCUCCUCUGGACGAGGUCCCAACCUCUACGGAACGGAACCCUGGUAUUAUUACAUCCUCAACCUUAUCCUCAACUUUAAUAUCCUUGCUCCACUGGCGCUCGGAUCGCUUCCUGCGUUGCUUAUCACCAGGAGGUUCGACUCUAAGCGCUUGGGUGGGGCUCGAGGUCCGGCCAAUCAGACUAGUUCGCCAUAUACGCUUCUCGCUGUCAGGCUAGCGCCAUUUUACUUAUGGUUUAUUACCUUGACUUUACAAGCGCACAAGGAAGAGAGGUUCCUUUAUCCUGCGUAUCCAUUGGUUUGUUUCAAUGCCGCUGUGACUUUGUACCUCGUGCGUGGUUGGAUGGAGACGACAUUCAUAAAAGUGACAAACUCUCCAUACAGAGCGGCCAACACCAAUCUUUUCCGACUGACUACCCUAUUCACUGUAGUUCUUACUUGCCUUCUCUCCAUUUCUCGAAUUAUUGCACUCUUCAAGUAUUACCAUGCUCCGCUCGACAUCGCCUUCCAUUUCCAAUACGAGGAGCUUCCACGUCUGUUAAACACUACGGGUUUACUCCCCGAAUCGAUUGUCAAGCAGCAUUCCAGCAAGUACGACGAGGACAUUCCGAUCGACUUGUCUCCCGUGCGUCAAUUUGGACUCCGUGUCUGCUGGGGUGCGGAAUGGUACAGGUUCCCAGGAAGUUACCUCGUCCCCUCUGGCGUAGAGCCUCUUCUAGUCGAGAGUGGAUUUGACGGAAUGCUGCCAAGGCCUUUCCCGCCUGUGGUUCCCAUCACCGAUCCUUCACCUAUCAACAAAGACUCGAUCGAUUCCACCAAGGUGCCUUUGAAGCCCUCAUCCGGCCUGUUUGGCGAACUCUCUCGUACCCUGGGGCGUACUACGCGCAUCGUCCCGAACGGCUUCAACGACCUCAAUCGUGCCGAGGAAGGUCAGGCUUCAGAUCCGGCCGAAUGUGAUUAUUUUGUCCAUUUGCGACUUGCUCAUAGUCCCGAACGCCAAGAACCCGUGCCCCGCGUAGGCGAAUGGGAAGACGUUGCAUGUUUCCCCUUCUUGGAUGCCCAACGUUCUAAUAUCUUAAGCAGAGUGUUUUGGGUCCCGGGGAGCCUAUGGCAAAAAGGAAACACCUUUGGGGAAUAUUGUCUGCUCAGGGGAAAAGAGCGUGCUCAUAUCAGGGAGCGGGAAACAAAAUGGUCCAAGACCAACUAA